AUGAUUUUCGAAUCUAAGUCCCUCCAACGUUUGAAUCUUCACUACUGCAACUUAAGCCACGAUGAUAUUCUUCACAGUGAUAUGUCGUCAUCAAUUCACCUCAAACAACUCCGCCUUUCGGACGUUUGUAUUACGGAUGAAAUUCUCGAGAAGAUAAUAUAUAGCUGCCCGUUGAUUGAAUUGAAGCUCAGUGGAUGCGUAGGGUUGAGAUCCAUCAGAAUCGAUAAACGGGCUCGCCAUCUCAAGCGAUUUGAAUGGUCUGGUUCAUACGACGUCAAAGAGUCGCCGAGUCUUGAAAUUGACGUCCCAUCUCUUGAGGAAAUCAAUAGUCACUCUGACUUCUUUUCGCACAACUUCCCUUGCCUUGAAAGUCUAUCCUUGAAAGAUUGCUAUGUCUUUGAGGAAUUUGAGCUGUCUAGUCGUUCAAUCAAGAAAUUUGAUUUGUCUAGUCGUGAUGUGUCGUUGAACAGUGUUAUUGAUGUGCCAAGCAUAGUCGUGUUUAAGUAUGAAGGUUAUGCUCCCGAAUCAUUUUCUUUCACAACAACUUCCAAAAAGUGGAAAUCGGAUAUAACACUGGGGCAUGAUCGUUUGUUCGAUGAGGCUUCACCAAGGUUGGGCAAAGUUGGUCAACUGCUCAAGGCAGUAAGCGGAUCCGAAAUAUCUCUAGAUAUUAGGCAGUUUGAUAUAUCUCCGCAUUUCGCGUCGUCUUUUAUGGACAAUCUAUUUUGCAUUUGUCGUCCGAGAAUUAUACAACGGUCUCUUGUUGUUGGCCCUGAAUCCGAAUGGAAGUUUCACAAACGGCACAACAAAACAACAGAGUUGAUGUGCAAGAUCCUGGGGAUGGAGAAGGGAAGAUUUGAAAGUGGCCGAAUAACAAGGGGCCGUCAAUGGCGACAAGAUCUUGAGAAAGUAAUAUUUGAGACUUUUGAUAGAAACGAGGAAGAAUGGCAUCCUGUCCUAGAGAGAAGUUGGUCAAAAUUUUGGGAAACAUUGUUGCCAGAGGAUGAUUCUAAGAGCGUGAAGCACUGCAUGCGCUUUCGAUUGACCUGGAGAGAAUAA